GCAACGGGACCCAGCGCCGCGCCGGACCGGACCGGGACCCGGCGGGGGCGCGCUGCGGGGCGCGGGCGCGGGCAGGGGGCGCGUGGAGGCGGGGGCGGGGGCGCUGGACGCGGGCACCAUGCAGGCCACCAAUGCGGGCGCCGCGCGGCUCUGCCGGGGGGACAGCAGCGACCUGGACCUGUACGACUUCGAGCCGCUGCCCACCCUGGCCGAGGACGAGGAGAACGUGUCACUGGCAGACGUCCUGUCUCUGCGGGACGGCAGCCUGGGCGAGCAGGAGGCCUGGGCCGUGUGCCUGGAGUGUGGCCUGGCGCUGCGCAGCGUGGCGGCCUCGGCCCCGGGGCUCUUCCACACGCUCUGCAUCACGCCCGACACCCUGGCCUUCAACAGCAAUGGCAGCAUCUGCUUCAUGGAGCAGCUCAGCGACGACCCUGAGGGAGCCUUCGUCCCCCCGGAGUUCGAUGACACUGGGAACACGUUUGAGGCCCACGUCUACUCCCUGGGUGCCACCCUGAAGGCCGCCCUGGAGUACGUGGCGGAACCAGCGCCCCAGCUGAGCCAGGACUUGGAGGCGCUCCUGGGCCGGAUGCAAGCGGAGGACCCCGCGGACCGGCCCGACCUCCAGAGCAUCAUGGCCCUGUGCGAGGAGAAGCUGCAGCCCACGUCCUCCUGCCGCCUGUGCCGCAGCCUCUCGGCCGCCGGGAGGAGGGUGCUCUCCCUCGAGUCCUUCGGAGCACUUCCAGACGCCGGCGAGAGCCCCUGGAGGGGCAGAGUCGUGCCUAAGACUGUGGCACCCACGGACCUGCCAGCCCCGGAGGAGCCCCCCCAGGACCCCGAGCAGACUGGCCCAGGCCCAGGGCAUGCCGGGACCCCGCCCCCCCGGCCUCUGCUGCCAGCCCCCGUGAGGAACGGGGAGAGCUUCAGCCUGGACCGUCUGGCCAACCUCUUCCUGGACGCCCAGGCUGACCCCAGCUUCCGAGAGAGGAGCCACCUGAGGAAAGUGGGAACCUCCCCCCGGCUCUUGCCCGAGGGGCCCGAGGCUGGUGCCCCCGGCCCACCACUGGCCAGCGCCCAGGACCCUCCUGUGCAUCCCCAGGGGGCCUCUGAGCAGGGGGCCAGUGGCCUGUCAGGCUCUCGGGCUCAGAGUCCACCGGGGCCGGAGCAGGAGCCCCAGGGACAUCAGGGAGGGGCAGAGGGGCCUGGCCGGCGCCCCACAGAGGGAAGCCCCCCUCCUUGUUCCCAGGCCCCUCCAGGUGCAGGCCCAGCCGCAGGGCUGCUCCACGCUGAGGGGGCUGCAGACGGAGCAGGGGUGCCAGGAAGUGCUGCUCACAAGCAGGGAGUGUCCCUGCGCUUCGUCCUGUCCUCCCUGGGCCGGCCCUUCCGGGAGCACGAGCUGUGGGCCCUGUCCCACGCCUGCCUCAGCGCCCUGCGGACCCUCCGCCAGCACCCAGCUCGCCUCUGCCUGGACUCGGUGCUGCUCGCUGAGGACGGGGCUGUGCUGCUCGGGCCGGGCCCUGACAAUGGUGCUCACGACACCUUCUUCCUGGCGCCUGAGGUGACAGAACAGAGGCUGGUGACCGAGAAGGCCUCGGUGUACUGCGUGGCUGCGGUGCUCUGGGCAGCAGCCAAGUUCAGCGUGCCCCGCGACCACAAGCUGGCCCUGCCGUGCCGGCUCAAGGCUCUUCUCCUGGACAUGGCGAGACGCAGCGCCCAGGAGCGGCUGUCCGCAGCCGAGGCCGUCCAGAUCUGCGGGGCCUACCUGCUGCAGCGCGGCCUGGACGGCAGGGACAUCCUGGCCCGCUUGCAGGCCUCUGCCUGUAAGGCCGACCAGAAGGAAGAGACCAUCAGGCUCCAGAACACCCUCUCAGUGGCUGACCCGAGCCCUUGCACGGCACCGGCAUCUCACCCUGGCUCUGGCUUCACUCAGCUCAUGGGGGACACUGGGCUUGUCCCCAGGCAGGGCCCUGUGCCCAGCCCAGGGGCCUCAGAGCUGCCAGUGGAGUUCACCUCGGCUGCCACACACUUCAAGCCCAUUAUGCUCCUUGCAGAUACAGGCAUGCCCAGGGACAAGCCAGCCCAAAGUCCAAAGAAGAGAGGCUUCCUGGACAGGGAGGACGAAGGGCAGCAGAGUCCUGUGGCCCAUGGGGUGGUCGCCAGCCCAAGGACCCCUGAGCAGCCAGCACUGGACCCAGGACCAGAAUCGCACCAAGAGCCAGAGCCGAGGGAACUGGCCCAGGGGUGCCCCCCAGUGCCUUGCCCAGCACCGGCCCUGGAGGAGGCAGCCUCACCAGUGGUGUCUGGCUCUCCUGAACCCAGCCCACCCCCAAAUGCACUCCUGCAUCAAGGGCCAGAGGAGCAGGAGCCCCCUGGACCCUCACCUGAAGACCUGAGUCUCGGCUCUUGCCAGCUGGUGGCCAAGAUGCCCAGAAACAGGAUCACUGAGCACCCCAGCCAGGAGCACCAGGACACCCUCAGGGCUGCAGCGAGCCCUGACAGCCCCAGGGGCACCCGUGUCAAGGAGCACAGUGAGCAGGCCCCAGAGUGCAAGUUCUGUCUGUCCAGUGUGGACGCCCCAACAGGGCCAGCCUGCCCGGCGCUGCAGGAGGCCAUGCGUCUCAUCCAGGACGAGUUUGCCUUUGAUGGCUACCUGGACAACGGGCUGGAGGCUCUGAUCAUGGGGGAGUACAUCCAGGGCCUGAAGGACCUCACGUACCCCACCUUCUGCGGGGCCGUCUCCGAGAAGUUCUGUGACCUGUACUGGGGGGACAAGCUGCUACGUGGCCUCUUCUCAGUGGUGAAUGGACCACAGCCGGCUUCCCUAGGGGCUGCAGAGCAGGCUCCAUCCCAGCCCCGGGACAAGGACAGCAGCUGCGUGCAUCUGCUCCGAGGCUCCCCGAGCCACAGACUCGGCCCCCUGCACAGAGCAGGGAAGGAGAGCCAUGCUGCCGGCCCCCGGGCCUCCUGUGCCCCCGGGUCCCUGGCCCAUGCCGACUCGGAUGAGCCGUCCCAGGGGAACCUCGAGGUGGGGUUCCGGCCUCAGAGAUCGGUGAAGGCUGGGCGGGAGCCGCCGCCCGUGGUGGGAGACGAGUCGUCGCAGAGCUGGACCAGCCCAGCAGUGGACACACAAGCAGAGGCCGUCUCUGGGCCCGAAGUAGGCGGCUCGACGGAGUCCCGGAGCUGCUGCCCGGGCUGGCGCAGUGCCUUCUACGAGGCCGACUGCUUUGGAGCCGACGUGUCCAGCUAUGCGGAGAAGCUGUCCCGGCAGAGGGCCAGCGGGUCCCCCGACACCAGUGCCCACAACCCGGAGGUGGAGCAGCAGCUCCUGAUGGAGCAGAGAAACUUCCGCAAGACCCUCCGGUUCUAUCAGAAGCUGCUGCAGAAGGAGAAGCGAGGCAGAGGCUCCGAGGUGAAGACCAUGCUCGCCAAGCUCAAGGGGCAGCUGGAGGACAUGAGGUCCAGGGUGCACUUCCUCAGGCUGGUCCAGAGGUACCUGCAGGUGAUGCACGCGGAGCGCUGGGGCCUGGAGCCAUGCACGCUGCCCAUGGUCGUCUCCAUCGCCUCGGCCCCCUGUGACUCGCUGGACUUCAGCCCCCUGGAUGAGUCCUCGUCCCUCAUCUUCUACAACGUCACCAAGCACCCGCGCAGCGGCCGGCCACGCCAGGCCCGCGCCCUGCAGGCAGGGACGCCGCUGGGCCUCAUGGCCUUCCUCUACUCCAGCGACGCCUUCCUGGAGGGCUACGUGCAGCAGUUCCUCUACACCUUCCGCUACUUCUGCUCGCCGCAGGACUUUCUGCAGUUCCUGCUGGAGCGCAUCAGCAGCACCCUCUCGGGGGCCCUCCAGGACCCCGCCUCCACCUUCGCCAAGAUCUACAGGCGCAGCGUCUGCCUGCUGCACGCCUGGGUGGAGGACUGCUACGCCGUGGACUUCGCCAGGAACGCGGAGCUGCGGGGGCGGCUGCAGGACUUCGUCUCCAAGAUCCUGCCCCGGGACGGCUCCGUGGAGCACUUGCUGGGGCUGUUGGAAGUGGGUGCAGACCAGCGGGCAGAGGGGCCCCCACGCAGCACUGACACGGAGGACCCCAAGGAGGCUGAGGAGGACGCCGGGCCCCUCAACGCCCUCUGUAAGAGGCUCUCGGAGGACAGCAUCUCCCGGAAGAACUUCCCCUGGCGGCUGUCCAGGGCCAGCGGCCUGGCCGCGCCUCACAGAGAGCGGCAGUACAGCAUUGCGUCCGCCCUGCCCAAGCCCUGUGUCUUCGAGGGCCUCUACGGGCCCUGCACGGGGGCCAGCGAGAAGGGAUCCUUCUUCCUGACUGAGUACAGCACCUCCCAGCUCUCCAGCCAGCUGACGCUGCUGCAGGAGGAGCUGUUCCAGAAGUGCCACCCUGUCCACUUCCUCAACUCCCGGUCCCUGGGCAUCACGGACACGAGCACGGCCCUGCCCCGGUCCAGCAGCUCCGAGUGUGUGCCGGCCAGGGCCUGCAGCCUGUUCCUGCCCGACUGCACCCAGGACCCCUUCCUGCUUCAGCUACUGAGACACGGGGACGAUGUCAGCACCUGGGUGGCCGCAGAGAUCGUCACCUGCCACGGCUCCAAGCUGCAGGUGAAUCUACUCUCCAAAUUCCUCCUGAUCGCCAAGUCCUGCUACGAGCAGAGGAACUUCGCCACAGCCAUGCAGAUCCUGGGCGGCCUGGAGCACACGGCCGUGAGGCAGUCCCCCGCCUGGAGAGUCCUGCCUGCAAAGGUGGCCGAGGUGCUGGAGGAGCUGAAGGCCGUGGAGGUCUUCCUGAAGAGCGACAGUCUGUGCCUGAUGGAGGGGCGCCGCUGCCGGGCGCAGCCCACCCUGCCCUCUGCCCGCCUGCUGGCCAUGCACGUCCAGCAGCUGGAGACCGGGGGCUUCACCAUGACCAACGGGGCCCACCGGUGGAGCAAGCUCAGGAACAUCGCCAGGGUGGCGAGCCAGGUCUGCGCCUUCCAGGAGAACCCCUACACUUUCGCACCCGACGCCAAGCUGCAAGCCCACCUCAAGCAGAGGAUGGCUCGCUUCAGCGGGGUCGACAUCUCCCUCCUGGCGGCCGACAGCAGGGCCGACUCGCGCCAGCUGGGCAGCGAGAAGCAUUCGCGGAGGAUUCAGGACAAGCUGCGGAGGAUGAGAGCCACGUUCCAGUGACGGCACAGGUUGGAGACUGCCGCCGGGCCGGCCCAGGGCAAGAGGGGCAGGACCAGGCCCCGCGGGCGGGCACCACGUGGGCAGUGCAGCCCCGCCCUCCUGAGGAGGAGGAGGAGGGCCGGGCUGCCUCGAAACAGGCAGCACAAGUGCAGGUUGGGGCAUUUCUGGUAGGAUGUAAAAAAUUCAAAAUCAAGUAUUAAAAAGAUAGAGGCCGCCUUCAGCUUCUACAGACUAGGCUGGACCCUCCGGUUCCCCGGGCCCCGCCAGCCCCCAGCGCCCUCCACCCAGUGUUCACCACAGCUUGUGAGUCUAACAGCAAGGGCCAAAGUGACCCACUACCAGCCACGAGGUCCGGGACUCUCCCCGGGACCCCAGGCCCCACCCCUGACCUGGUGCCUACGUCCCACCUCACUAGUCCAGACGCCCCACCCAGCCUUUCCUCCUGCUGCUGCCACCAGGGAGGCCUCACUCCCAGGCGCCAGUGCUCCGAAUAGCUGGGGGCGAGUCCAGUGAGGGCUGAGAGGGGGCCCAGCAAAGGGCGUGGGACAGCAGCAGCGGCGGCGGCGCUGGCCUUGGCCUUGGCCACCCUCCACACGUGCCCACGCCCAGGCCACGUCCAUGCUACACAACCCUGUGCCUCCACAGCACCCACGCCAGCCCACACCACACCCACAGCACCAGGCUCCGGAGACACGUCCCUGCACUGCAUCACCCGAGGGGACCAAGGCGUCUUCCACACAGGCACCCAGCACUAUUGCCCCAAACAGGCCAGCUGUGCUCAGGGGAGCACCCUGGACAGGCCACAGCCACCCACCUGGGGCACCCAGCUGGGCCUUCUCAGCUGAAGACCACGGGCGACACAGCACGGCCACCACACGUGGGCUCAGCUGACUGCAAGGGGCUGCCGAGGGGGCUCUGCUCAGCCUCAGUGUCAGAGUCUGAGGUGACAGUGCCCAGCACAGAGCAGCGUGGGGAGGGGCCCUGCAUGCCACCCUCAUGGCACCACCCAUGGUCACCACCCGAGCCCGACCAUUCGUCUCCGCGUGUCUGCCCUGAGUGAAUGACACAUGGCCACCCUGGAAAGACCCCACGACACAGGUGCAGUCCCGAGUGGGACAAGACUCAGGCCAAGGCCUCGGGAACUGAAGCUCACACUGGCUGGCAAGGCUAUCUGUGGCUGCUGCCCCAGAGAGGGUCUCACAGGGUCAGUGAGCACUGCGCAAGGAGGGGAAGAGACCAGGGCUCAGGGUCUGGGGACAGGGGCUCAGGGCACGAGCAUCUGAGGGUCUCCCGGGACAGGCUGAGGAGGAGGGUCCAUGAGGUCGUGAGUGGAGACGGCUCCAGCGCUUCUGGCCCUCCGUGGCAGGAGGGAGAGCUUAUGGGACAGGGGCAGGCUUUGGUGCAAGAGACUCGACUUCCCCACGCCCGCCAGGGGCAACCCUGGCACUGCUGAGAUGGCCAGAAAAUAAUUUUUGAAAGCAUCAGCUACAGAGGAGGGUAGGGUGGUCGGAGAGACGACAGCAAGAAAGGCACUUGUCUUGCACGUAGCCAAUCCUGGCUCACCCCUGGCACACGAGUCCCGAGCAUCAACUGCUGUGAUCCCUGAGCCUAGAGGCAGGAGGAAGCCCUGAGCACCACUGGGUGAGGGCUGGAAACAAGUAAACAGAGGUGGCAGCUAUGUGGGCCACACAAGGGCAGUGCCAGAGAAUGGGGGAGGGCCACUGUGUGUCCCUGAUCUUCACCCACAAGAAGCCCUCGUUGUGGCCCCCAGCAGCACCUCAGACGCUGCUGACCCCCUGGGGGGUUCCCAGCCCCCAGCCUGGAAGCAGAGAGCCUGUAGUGCCAGCCUCGCCUGACCCCCUGCAGCUGGACAGAGGCUGGCUGGAGGCUGCAGCAGUGAGGGGGACAGGGCAUGACUGCAUCAGGGGCAGCGCAGGGUCAGGAAGGACUGAAGGAUGGAGACGGCCACACGAGGGACAUGGACAGGAGAGGGGAUGGCUGUCACAGGGCCAGGUCCACUCUGCAUCCACAGAGGGAGGAGCAAGAACCGGAUGGUGGAGUGAAAGGGAUGGGUGUGCCUGCGGAUGGGCUGAGCCAGUGACCCUUGAGGACACAGGGAGGCACUGUGCAGUGUCUGAUCCUGCCGGUAAGGCCCGGGCAGAAUGGUAGUGGACCAUCCAGAGCCGCACGGAACCGAGACACCAGGCAUACCCCAACUGAAUACCCCACCAAGUACCUGGCCAGGGGUCCUCAAAAGUGCCCGAUGAGGAAAUGGACACCCGGUGGGAUGCAACAUGACCAGAGGACAGGAGAGGCGAUCGAGGGGGCCGGGAGGGAUUUUCCACGGCAGCAUUUCAGUGUCUCACGUGAGAACAGCAUCCUGGGACCAGGGCGAAGCCGAGGGCAGUGUCCACAGGAAGAAAGCAGGUGGAGGGCGGUGAGGAAGGGCUGGUAGGGGGUCGUCUUCAAAGGCUGCCUGACCGGAAAUACAGGUGUGUGUGGACUCUGCGCGAUGCGCGUUCAAGCUGUACCUGCGUCUGUGCGGUAUUUCCCAGACCCCCGCGCUCCGAAGCUCGCGGUCCAUUCUGCACUCUCUUUUUCUUGUCAUAUUGCUCUAACCAGGGCUUCUCGAAUAAAGUCGGCGCGAAGCAUUGAUGCAA